AUGACAGCGUGUGCCUCGUCCAUCAUCAACUGCAGCAGCAGUAGCACUGUAAGAGGUUUGGCGGCGGUACUGGGUAUUCGGCCACCGUUGCCUUUCCACUUUUUCAAGCGAUGGAGAUUGCACGACUUCCACACCUCCAAGUGGGCCCGCACCAACCCCUCUGCGCAUAUAAAGCGGACGCGUCUUGGUCGCAGCUGCAUCGACCAGCCAACGAUGGACAUGGUUUCUGUUAGCCGGUACGGCGGAUACACACAACGGGAAUCGCUGGCGACGGCGUUUCGUGUGUACCGCAGUGUGGAUCAGUCGGAAAAGGCACGGAAGGCCGGACAAGACGCACUGCGUGGGAUUCAGCUCAAGGACUUUGACUUUGACGCAGAGGAGGAGCAAGAAGUGGUGGUGGAUUUUGCCUGUCUGUACCUAAACGCGUGCGUUCUCUUUGAAGCACCUCCCACGAGUGACAUGAUGGUGCAGCUUCUGGGUUGCCUCGCAACAAAACUUCACAGCUCGUUUCACUGGGAAUGCGUCCUCUGUGCACUCAUUGUGUGCCUGCAGCCUGGAGCGGGAGAAGUAACUGCGGCUGGUGCUGCGUUUGUCAGCAUGCUUCGCCGCGCGUCGCCAGAUGUCAUGCCUGAGAGCCUCUCGCGUGACGGUGCGCUCCUCUUGCUUCUAACCAUUGCACGUGCCCUCACUCUGUUGCCGCGGACGAAUGUGAGCGAGGAGGACCGCCAGCACCUUCUCCACGUGCAACUCAAGGCGAUUGAGAUGCUGUGCGCCAGAUCUGAGGCGCCCCUCUCGCGGGAAGAGUUACUAACUGUGGUGGACGCAGUCUCCUGGCGUCAUGCUGUUAGUGAAUGCUCAUCGGCGAAUGUGGAGUGGGUGACGAAGGUGGUGCCGCACUUGCAGCUGAAGAAACACGACUCACUUGAGGCGUUAUCAGUGUCGCAGUGCACUCGGCUAUUCUGUGCCCUGUGUGUGUUACUGGCGAUGCUGCCACCUGAGACGAAAGAGUGGAACCAAGAACGGCAGUGGCAGGUGCUUGACCCAAUCGUGCGUCACCUCGACCAGCGUGUCUGUGUACAUUCUGUCGCUGAUACUGUUUGCGCGCUGGUAGGCGUACAAGCGAACAAGAACGCACGAUCAAGAUACAGGAAAUACCCAACUGCAUUACUCGAUUACCUCCGCGAGCAGCAACAGCAUGUUCAAAAAGAAGCAGACGGUGCUGUUCCUUCCUUACUAAAGGAUGACGAUAGUCUGGGGGCGCUGAAACAUGUGCUCUCGCAGCUGGCGAGCAGCGGGCAGGAUGAGUUGGGAGAUGCCGCCGAGGCAUUGGUGACGGAUUUGUGUUCAGCAGUAUCGGCGUGA